AUGGAAUCCUCAAAAAAUGAGACAACGAAAACGUUAUUGAGUGCGAGAGAGACAGAAAACAAUGAUAUUGAAGUUGGAAAAUGGGACAAUUUGGUGACGUUGCAAUGGAAAAAUCUGAAAGUAACAACAAAAGCAGGACGAGUUCUUCUAAAUGGAGUAAGUGGAUGUGCUGUUCCAGGAGAAGUAAUCGCUUUGAUGGGAGCCAGUGGAGCUGGAAAGACGACACUUUUGAAUACCCUUUUACAAAGAAAUCUGAAGGGACUUGACGUGGAAGGAGAGAUAUUAGUCAACGGACAGAAUAUUGGAAAGGGAGUUACGAGUGUGUCGGCUUAUGUUCAACAGGAAGAUUUAUUCAUGGGCACACUAACUGUGAAAGAACAUUUGGAGAUUCAAGCAAAACUUCGACUUCCACCUGGAACUUCAAAAUCAGAAAGAGCGAAACGUGUUGAAGAAGUGAUGAAUGAAAUGCUAUUGGAAAAACCAAAAAAUAGUCGGAUCGGGAUUCCAGGGAUCAAGAAAGGAAUUUCAGGCGGAGAGAUGAAAAGACUUGCAUUUGCAACGGAGAUGAUCAAUAAUCCACCAAUUAUAUUUUGUGAUGAACCAACUACUGGAUUAGAUUCUCAUAUGUCACUUCAAGUUGUCAAAACUUUGGAAGCCAUGGCUUUAGAGAAAGGGAAAACAAUCAUUUGCACAAUUCAUCAACCUUCCUCUGAAGUUUUCGAAAUUUUUGACAAGGUUGUAUUCUUGGCUCAAGGAAGAAUUGCAUUCCACGGAGCCAUCGACGAAGCAAUUCAUCAUUUCUCUGCCUGUGGCUACCAAGUUCCAGACCAUACAAAUCCUGCUGAUUACUUCAUUGAUACAUUGGCAAUAAAACCAUCUGAAGCAGAAACAUGUAAACAGAGAUGUCAGGAGUUGUGCGACAAGUUUGAGAAGAGUGUGUAUCAUGAACGUCUUCUGAAAUUAAUGGAUCAGACAAAAGAUGUUCGAGCAAUGACUCCACAUCAUUCAGCUUCGUAUUUUGUUCUCUUGAUGGCACUUUUCAAUCGAUAUAUGCUUGAUAAUAUUCGAAAUCCAGCAAUAAUGAAAGCAAAAAUGAUUCAAAAGUUGUUUAUGGGAUUGUUCAUCGGAUUACUGUUUUAUGGAUUGGAAGUGGAUCAGGAUGGACUGACUGGUUACAAGGGAGCUCUCUUCUAUUAUAUUUCUGAACUGACUUACUCUACAAUCUUCGGAAUUCAAGCGUUUAUGCCUGCUGAUUAUCCACCAUUGGUUCGUGAAUACGAUGACAGAAUAUAUCCAAUUUCGGCUUACUACAUUGCUAAAAUCCUUUCAUUUCUUCCAAUUUUCACUGUUGAUGGAAUUGUUCUCGUGUUGUCUUCCUACUUUUUCGUUGGAUUUCCUAUCAAUGUGGUAACUUUUUUGAGACAAAUGAUUACUUGUAUGAUUAUUGAAUGGAAUGUUGCUGCAUUAGGAAUCGCCGUUUGUGCUACUGCCCCAUCCUAUGCAAUCGCAGUGACAGUCACUGGACCUCUUCUGACUGUAUUCUCUCUAACAGGCGGUCUCUUCACUAAUGUUUCUGAAAUGCAUGUAUGGAUCAGUUGGGUUCAGUAUCUCUCAUGGUUCCGUUAUGGAUAUGAAUCGUUGGUUGUUAAUCAAUUUGAACACGAAAAAUUUGACAACAUCACGUGCCAAGCUCUUGAUCGGCAUGGACAGAAACAACUGAUUCCGGAUUCUUUGUGCGAAGAAAGUGGUCGAACCGUCGUCAACAACUUUUCAUUUGAAUCUGCCAAUCUUUAUACCAAUUGGAUUGCAAUGAUCUAUUUGACAAUUGUGAUUUAUAUCAUUGGAUAUGUUGGUCUCGUUCGGAGAGUCAUUGCGAAUAGAUGA